ACCCACUGAAAAUAAGUCUUCAUUAAGCUGACAUCCGCCUGCAUAUUUCAAAUCGGUUCUGAAGAGUUAUAAUGAAACUAAAAUAUGAAAAAAUAAAUCGUAAUAAAUCACAGUACAAUAAAACACAGUCACAGCCUAUAUGGUAAUUUUAAUGAUGGAAUGAAAAAAAAAAUGAAUUGGUUGAAAUGUUAGGUUUCUGUAAAAUGCAUUAAGGAAAAUAUCUCCAAGAAGCUCUUAAGAUAAUAUUAAUGGUAUUAUGCUUCUAUUUUUUGAAUAAUGACAAGUAGUUUCUCAUGGUCGACAACAUCUAAAAUGUGUGUCAUUAAGACUAAAUUACAAGAUUAUCAGCAAGUUUAUUCUUAAGACAAUUUACAACCAAAAUAUGGCAUUUAGCUGGAUUAGGGAUCAUUGUUGGAAAUACACCAACCAUUUAAAUUAUCCUGAUACAGACUGCAUUAAAGGCAUUUCCCCUAUACGAACGGUUUCACCAAGGGGGAGAUCGUCCAGAUUUUGACAUCCUUUAAAAUGUGGUCGAUGACUGCAGGCCAACGUCCAUAAAAUAGAGAGCUUUCGAAGACGGAGGGACGUACAACGUAAUGACAACACUUAAAGUCAUCUGCGCAUGCGAGAACGUUAGUUCUUGUCUCGUGGAUUCUAGGACGCGAUUUGGCCAAAUCUACGUAUGCAGAGAACAUAGGACGCCCGGUAGGACGGUCACGCAUGAGUUCUAGCGCCGUGCCGUGGAACAAAUCGAAAGCUCAGUUAUUUACAAUACUCAUUAUUGUCUAUUUUAGGAAUGAUGGCUACGGUAACGCAAGAGUACUCUCUGUUAUUGGAGAAGACGCAGAGCAACUUGAGCUCUGUACAGAGCACGACGAUGAUGAUAGAGUACGCAUCAGCACCUUUUAAGGAACCCUUACCCCUCCCAACUAUCCUGUUAAAAUCAAUAGCAAUUGCAAUUCUGAUAAUCCUAACGGUGUUCGGAAACACGGUUGUCAUCGCCAUCAUAGUAAAGAACAAGCAGCUUCGUGGAACCACUUACUAUUAUUUAUUAAACUUAGCUGUGGCGGAUAUCAUGAUUGCUGUAUUUACUGAGUGGACAUAUCUGGUGCAUGAUUUAAAGCGGUACUGGAUCUUCGGAGAAUUCACGUGCAAAUUUUCAACUGUAAUCCAAGCAAUUUCGGUGCACGUUAGUAUUCUUACGUUGACCAUCAUUGCGAUUGAUCGUUACUUGGCUAUAGUGUUUCCUUUGAAGUCGCGCGUGACGUCACGUAAUGGUGGCGCUGGUAUCUUUAUUCUUGUUGUGUGGAUGAUAGCAAUCGCUGUCAAUAUACCGCUACUCUUACACGCAGACUAUUAUGAGUGGGUAUAUGAUGAUGGUGUUUUCAGAGCAUACUGCGGCGAGUACUGGGAGAAUCAAAUGAUGGAGGCUAUUUACACGACGCUGUUGAUUGUAAUUGUUUACAUCGCUCCAUUGUGUUUGAUGAUAUUCGUCUAUUUGACCAUAGCAACGAAAUUACUUAUAUCUCGUGCUCCAGGUGAACGUAUUGAGUCGACUGUAUCAAGCCAAGAACGAACAAAAAGAAAGGUGCUGAAGAUGUUGGUAGUUGUGGUAUUGACAUUUGCCUUGUGCUGGUUGCCAUACAAUGUGUAUACUAUUUGCAGGUUAUGGAUUGGGCAGAGGCUCGAUAAUGAGACAGAUGAUAAAAUACAUUUUGCCAUUCUUUGGCUCGGUUAUGCAAACAGCGCCCUCAAUCCAUUCAUAUACUGCGGCUUCAAUCAGAAUUUUCGAAAAGGUUUUCUUCAGAUUCUUACGUGCAAUUCAAAAAGGUAUUCACCGUGCAACAAAGACGUGUACAGCAAAAAAACAAUCCCAAGCCAAACCGAAAAAACAAUAGUCGAGCAACAGAGCCUGAUGUGAUCUUUGCAAGCAGAAGUAAACGUGAUGACAUUCGUUUUACACUCCAAUGAUGAGAAUUCAGAUAAGCCGAACCAACCUAGAGCGGUUCGCAAUUUCAUCAGAUUAGGCUUUAA